AUGUUUCUGUCUAUGGCGCAGCUGCAAUGGUCGUACAAAUCUUCGCAUUGGCGUGAAAAACGAGCGUGCCUGAGUCGACCCAAUUGCUUUGAUACACUUCCCGACAGCAACUUUGCUGCAAUCAAUGUGAUCCGAGUUAUCAUAGCAAUCCUGGGGCUGGUUCGGCUGUUUAUUCGCUGCAGCCAACUCUGGAAGAAAAAACACCUCAAGGAGUCUCCAAUUUAUAAGAAAGUGGAUUACAUUCUUCGAUUCGGGCUCGAAUUGACGUAUACUGCCAUCUUCCCGUAUCCUGGUCUUGAAACUUUUUUUCCACGUCUACCCGGCGGCACAUUAGUGAUACUGAGCGCUUCAUCGUUCUUACGCACUGUUAGCUGGGGGCAGUGGCUCUACUACCCAUACCCGAUCCGGCAGAAAGAAAAGGUGGCAAGCUUUAGCGGUAACUUAGAGUUCAGCUACCGGCAGUUCGUGAUCAAGAAAGUACUUGACGACUCGCCUAUCAGUAAGCUUGUAACGUUUUACACGUUGCUUGGGGCAAUUGUAGCGUAUCUGCUGCAUGCGACGGAGACCAUCACCGGCCAAUGCUCCUGGAGGCAAGACGCUGGAGAAACUGUGAAAAGUGAAGAUGCAAUAUGCAAUGAGUUGUACAUUUCUGACUCCUUCUGGAUGAUAUUCAUGACGUUUCUCUCCAUUGGGUAUGGAGACGUUUCUCCACAAAGUGGACGAGUUCGAGCCAUUAUUGCUAUUACCGCGUGCAUUGCAGUCAUGCUAGACGCCAUGUUCUUCUCCAUCAUCAUGCGGAAGUUUUCUUUCUCCUCAAUGGAAUCAAGGGUACACGCCUUCCUUUACCGGAGAGAACUCAGCAAAAAGAGAGAAAUCAGCGCCGUCAUGGCGGUGCAGGCUACGUUUCGUUUCUGCAAGUCGUACAGACACUCUUUAGUCUGGCACCAACAGAAACUUUGCAACACCUUCUAUCGACCACUAUCCGACAGACUUCCGAACGAGGUGAAAAAGAAGCUUUACGCCUGCCGCUUUCAGAACAGUAUCAAGCAAAUUAUGAAGUACAACAUGGAUGGCGACCCACUUAGCACGUUCUCCAAGCACGUCGAAGUCAUUACAGCAGGUCUUGGAGCUACCUUUGGUGACAUCAUUCGAAUGAAGAAAAUGUACUAUCGUCGAGCUCGUGUGCUUGGACAACGAAGACAAGAGGCUAAACAACGAGCCGUGAACCCAAACACAGACAUGGGGUCUGUGAAUCCUGCGUGGAUUGACGAGAUGCAACGGAAGUGUGAGGCUACGAUGCUUUUGCUCAAGAAAAUCGAGGCCAACGUGAAGGAUAUUCAACGUUAG